ACAGGUUUUGGUUAUGUUUUACCACAGUAUUGAGAAAACGUAUUUAACAGGAGGCUUUUUGGAUGUAAGUGUCAAACUAACCAUUGGUCAAGGAGUCGAUUUGUGUGUUACCACUACUAUAACAAAAAGUACCUUGUGCUACCAUUUAUGGACUUGGUACCAUGAUAAUACCAUGGUUUUUAGGACUAGUACCAUGGCACUCUUUGAAGUACCUUGGACUACCUUUUAAAUACCAUGGAAGUGAUGCAAUAUAGAACUACUUAAUCAUGGCUUCACAUUCGGUUACUCAAGCCAUCAUUGAUCUGUCAGCUGGAGCAUGUGGUGGGACUGCCUGUGUGUUAAGCGGUCAACCUUUCGACACAGCCAAGGUGAAGAUGCAGACCUUCCCCAGCUUGUACAGAAACUUCAUCCACUGCUUGAUCUCCGUCUACAAACAAUUUGGACUGCAAGGGCUCUAUCAGGGCACCACACCGGCCCUCAUAGCAAACAUAGCAGAAAACGCAGUCCUCUUCAUGAGCUACGGCUUCUGCCAGAAUGUAGUGCGCUUUGUUUCAGGACUAGAACGAGACAAAGAACUCAGUAAUGUUCAGAAAGCAUGCUCAGGCUCCGUUGCCUCUAUCUUCUCCUCUAUGGUUUUAUGCCCCACUGAGCUGGUCAAAUGUCAGCUGCAGGCCAUGCAUGAAAUGGAGGCCUCCGGCAAGAUCACCAGCGGACAGAAAAGCACGGUCUGGUCCGUUGUCAGAAAUGUGAUACGGACGAACGGCCCUCUGGGUUUCUAUCAGGGACUCAGCACAACUAUAGUCCGUGAGAUACCUGGAUACUUCUGUUUCUUUGGAGGAUAUGAACUCAGCCGCUCUAUGUUUGCCCAGUACAUGGGAAGAGACAAAGAACACAUAGGUGUUGUUCCCUUGAUGUUCAGUGGUGGUUUUGGCGGUGCCUGUCUGUGGUUGGUGGUGUACCCCAUAGACUGUGUGAAGUCACGCAUCCAGGUUCUGUCUUUAGCAGGGAGACAGGAGGGGUUCCUUAAGACCCUUAUGGGGAUUUUAAGAAAUGAGGGAGUGCGGCCUCUGUAUUCCGGUUUGACCCCCACUAUGAUUCGAACAUUUCCCGCCAAUGGGGCGCUCUUUCUAGCUUAUGAACUCAGUCGCAAGAUGAUGAUGCAACAGUUUGAUCACUGACACCACCUCCUGGAGGUUCUGCUGUCUUUUCAGCUUACCCUGCACUGGAACUUAUUAAUGCCAUGUUGCAACCGUUUUCAGGUAGCACAGACAGCUUGUUGGAUAUUAUCCACUCCGGUAUUUUUAUUUGUAUUAUUCCGAUGACCAGCCAAUCAAUAUUAUCACAAUUCAUAUUAAGGAUCCAUAUCUGCUGGUCACAUAUUGGAACAAAAUUUAUUUAUUCAAAUCCUGUCCCAUUGAGUAGCAGAUGCUUCUUUUUUUCUUCUUCUUCUUCUUUUUCAAUAUCUAGAGAUGUUUUUAACAAAACAGUUCAGCAAAAAUGAAAAUGUUGUAAUAAUUUACUCACCCUCAUGUUGUUCUAAACCCAUUUGACUGUGGGGAACACUAAGGCUACGUCCACAUUAAUCCGGAUAAAUUUGAAAACUGCAUUUCGUUUUCUAAACGCACUCCGUCCACACUGACGUUUUCCAAAUGUUUUAUUUCGAAACACUGAAAUGUUUGAAAAUGCCUAAAUCCAGUUACUGCACAUGCGGACAAAACGUAAGAAUUUCAUCUCCGUCAUUUCCGUGAACAAAAUGCAAUGUCCUCGUGCUCCACCUCCAGACAGCAAUUCCGAGUAGGAAUGCAAUGUGAAUGUUGUACAGAGCAAGAUUUAUCUUUAACAAUGCUGUCAAAUUGAACAGCAGGUACAACAACGCUGCUACAACAUGGGCCGCCAUCUCGAUUGAUUUGGGUUGAAUGGAUCAAAUGACAACAGUCACAUGGCAACAAAUAUGUAAUCAUUUUCGAAUAUCUCCAUUUUCUCUGUUCACACUACAUCAGGAAGACCUCGUUUUCAAAUGUAUCCACUGUAUCCACUUUUUUCGAAAAGCUCAGUUUUUGCUGGACAAAAAACGCAGUCUCAAUGAGGACGGAAGGCCAAACCGUAGAGAAAAAGAUGCGUUUUCAAACGAAAACGUAUUUUGUGUACGUCACCUAAAGGAGAUGUUUUAAUGAAUAUCACAACUCAUCUUUUCAAUACAAUGGCAGUGGAUAGUGACUCACUUUAAAGUUUAAAAAACACCCAAAUAUCGUAAAAGAAGUCCAUGUGAUUUGUGCAUCAUAUUCCAAGUAUUCUGAAGGCAUAUGAUCGGUUUUGGUGAGAAACAACUCGAAAAAUAAGUAUUUUUCAGUUAACCUCUUAACCUCCAUUUCUCAUUAGUGCUAUCAUAGAAGUUUGUUCACAUGGUCACGCGAGAACUUGAGUCAUUUUUACAGCCUUCUCUCAUGAACUGACAUUCACGUUUUCACUAACAACUGACUUCAAUUUCAGGUUGUGUCACUACCAUUGUAUUAAAAUGAUGUGCAGUGGGUAAUAUACAUAAAACAUCUCCUUUGUGUUCCGCAUAAGAAAGAAAGUCUUGGGUUUGAAACAACAGUAGGGUGAGUGAUUACAGAACUUUCAUUUUUGGGUGAAAUAUUUCUUUAAAUAGGACAUCUGGGAUUCUGCACAGGUUUUUCUGAACACUUGAAAUACUUCUCUUAUGACAUUUUGUGUAGACUCUAUGAAAAUGCAGUUUCUUACAUGUUUCUACUGGUACUACUCAAUGCAAAGCUUGCUGCCAAAAAUACCUUUGUAACAAGAGGAACUUCAUGUGGUGUAUGAAAUUGCUGUUGUCAUUCUUACAUAAAGGCCAAAAAGGUGUUUUUGCAUGAAUUUGGAAAAAGUUGCAUGUGACGUGGCGUCUAGUGUUGUUGGGCGGCCCAAUGUUUCAUGAGUUUAAGACAUUUAAAUAAGCCUGUUUCUUGGUGAGAAUCUCUUGGCUGCAUGUGGCACUCGACCCAGGGACCCAAAACACCCUCAUAUAGUGUUUGAGCCUAGAUGACUUUUAAUGAAGUUACUGUUAAAAUAAUUUACUGUAUUGUACCGCAAUAAAUAAUUUUUGGCAUUUUAUAAAAUGCACAUUGUAUGUUAUAGUGCCACACUGUAGAAAGUGGUAACCUACCAUUGUUAUCCGUACCCGAUCUAAUCUUAAAAAAUUGUUUUAUUGUUGUUACCUAAUAAGUUCAGGUUGAUUCAGACAUGUUAAAUAAGUUUUUGGACUUGAAUAAAACCAGUUAAUUUAGAUGUUACCACGUAAACUCAAUUUUUGGUUAACAUUAUUUUGCAGGACACACGGGUGUUGAGCCAAAAAACGCGAUUUAGCCACUUUACCCUUCAGCUGCGUUGUUAUUUUGAUAUUUAAAAUAUUUUGAAAUAUUUAAAAAUGAUUGUUUAUUAUAAUUAUCAUUAUUUGUGAAAUUAAAAUAGUCAUACAUAUUUAUAACAUUUAACAUAUUUCAAGAUCAUCUAAGGCUAAUCACAUAAUAAAGGUGCAUUGUCAUUUUGAUAUUUAAAAUAUUGAAAUAUUUUGAAAAAUGUAAACAUAAGUGUUUAUUAUUAUUAGUAUUACCAUUAUUUGUGAAAUUAAAAAGUCAUAUCAAUAUGUAUAGAAUUUAUCAUAUUUCUUCAAAUUUAAGGCU